GGGAGCGGAAUAUUUUGAGGAGCAUGCUGUUGAAAUUCCCUCAAAAAUGAUAUUUCUCACGGUGAUUUGGAGGAUUACUUUGAGUGGUUGAGUGGAAAAUUCAUAUACGAUGUUUAGGAACAGUAACGGGCUUCUCAAGGGAAAGCGAGUUGGUUUUUUGGUUAGUCGGAGAAAGAUGCGUAAGAGUAUUUUCGACACCUUCAUGCAGUUGUGUGGGAAAACUGGUAUCGAUCUGGUCGAGGUUGACUUGGACAGACCACUUGAAGAACAAGGUCCCUUUGACUUGAUCAUCCAGAAGAUAACAGAUUAUAUGGCAGCUGCCACGGAAGGCGAUAAAGAAGCUAUUAAAACAAUAAAAAAAGUAGAGAUGUACAUUAAAGAUCACCCAGAAAUCAUCAUCAUUGAUCCAAUGGAAUCAAUUCACAAGGUAUUUGACAGAACAACAAGUUAUCAGAUCAUGAAAGAGUGUGAAAUCCUGGAAGAAGGAGUGAGAGUCUUUGUUCCUAACUUUGUGCAAUUUGAUGAGCUUGACUAUAAACAGAAUUUGAUGAGAAUUGAGAAAGCUGGUGUUUUGUUCCCAAUGAUUUGUAAAACUGUGAUUGGUCAUGGAUCAGGUUUUUGUCAUGAGAUGGCAUUAAUCUUUAACAAGGAAGGACUGCAGGACCUAACACAAGCUCCAUGUGUUGUUCAACAAUUUGUAAAUCAUGAUGCUGUUUUAUUCAAGGUAUUUGUAGCUGGAGACAAACAUUACAUUGUAGAGAGACCAUCAAUCAAGAACUUUUACAAGACUACAACAAAAGAGAUGAAAACAAUAUUCUUUUCAUCACAUGAUGUUUCCAAACCUGAUUCAGGAUCCUAUCUUAGUGAGCUAGACAAUGAUGAUAGUGAUAGCAAAAGCUGUAUAGGGCUGGAUGAAAACUUAGUUCUAAAACUUGUCCGGAAACUUCAACCAAAACUGAAUUUAACAAUGUUUGGCAUCGACAUAGUUGUAGAGAAAGGCACAGGGCAUCAUGUUGUAAUUGACAUCAAUUACUUUCCAGGAUAUGAAGGUGCUCCAUCAUUUUCUGUUGACUUUGUAAAGUAUGUACAUGACUUACUUGAUGAAUCACAUACCAAGGAAAGGAAAGUCACCUCACCAAUAGUUUUGAGCUGACAAAGGAGUUUAUUCACUACAGAAACGAUUGCUAGGGUGUACAAUUUUCCAAGAAUUAAACAAACUGAGCUCAGAGUAAGCAGAGGUAUGCCGAAGUGGAUUUAACUCAGUCUCCAUAACCUGAAACAAGUUGGAAUCUCGCUAAUCCUACUACUGGUAAAUGGAAUUCUAGAUCAUUGCAAGUACCCCAGGCAGUUCCUGAAGUCUCCCAAUCAGUUUGCCAUAACUCAUGUGGUUGGAGAGAGGCACAGUGUCAUGUCUAAGAUCUCAAACAUAAGGAUGGGGCUGGGAAUUUGACUCCAAACCCUUGAUUCAGAGUCUGUUGCGUUACCUAUCCAUAAGAAUUUUUCAUAACUUUCUUGGAUUCUUCUUGUAGAAAGAGAUUUCUGCUUACUUAAGCCUAAUUAAAAGGUUUUUAGUUAAACCUAGCUUAUUCUAGGCCCUGGGUCAGAUGAAAUGAGCAAAAAGAGCAGGUGUGCAAAUAAAUGGCAAGGUUCAAGCUAAGAAAAAACAUAGCCAUUUGCCUAACUAUUGCAUUUGGAGUUUAUCACUUGCCAGCUGUUUUGCCACUCUUUGCUGACUGAGAGCCUGGAAUAGGCUAUGUUUAAACCACCUCGGGCUUUUCUUUAACUACCAUUCUUUGGUUGUAUAAAUUUGGUUUGAAAAGAGUAUUGUGCAUCGGUUCAGCAGUAUCACCUGUUACACCAUUUCAUAUGUGAUAUUAUUACAGCCAAUUAAUUAUAAUUCAAUGUGUAUUUAUUAUUUCUUCAACUGCAAGAUGGUGACAUAUACAUACAUAUCACCUUGUUAGCAGAGUCACAUUGAUCUCUCAAAAAGACUGUUGGCAUAUAACUAAUGAAAAGACCACAUUAUUUUGUGAAGAUAACAGAUUAAAAGGCUGGAGCAUAGGUCCUAAAAUGUGCAUUGUUGGAGCACAAUUGCAAAGUAACCUUUUUCCUAUAAGAAUAUUGAAUAAUGCACAGGAACACAAGAUAGUUGAGUCUAUUUGUGUGUUGUAGUUUCUACCAAUCCUAGUUUUAAUUUCUUGACAAAUGAAAUGGACAACAAUUUAUUCUUGGUCACUUCCUUUUCUGUUAUCAAAUUAGAUGGAGUUUGAAAUAGACAAUUUGCAAGACAUGUAUGACAUGUAUGACUUUGUUUGUUUUUAAUUUCAGUAGUAGGCCAUCAAUACAAUUAAUAAUGAUUCUUAUUGACAACUUCUCCAAGGCCUCAACAUAAAGUUUUUCAAGCAAAUAUCAGACGAAAUCUAACUCUCACCCCUUCUUUCCAUUAUGAAAGGUUUCUGAUCUGAACAAGUCCCCCACCCUUCUGGAGAUUCUAGUUUUACAUCAAUCUUUUUCCAAAACUUAUUGCCUUUUGGGAGCCCCUCCUUUCCCCUGUGCAUCCAGGGCUGUAAGCUCAAAUUUUUCAAACUUUCAACCUUAAAACCAUGAGGUCAUCAAAAUAAAUAUUCUAGUGGGCUGGAAUAAACUUUGGGAAAUGUAGCCAAAAAAACUUGUAGAAACUCUAAGUAAACUAGUGAUAAUCAAUGUGGCUACUUUAAUUUAUUCUACUAGUGCCUCAUUCUUGCUUACUUCUCUCAGGAAGUAAAAAACUUAUUGCCUUUAAGGAGCGGCUCCCUUGUCAAAAUACUCCCCUGUACAUUCGGGGCUCAAAUCAUGGAACAUUGUCAAAAAAAUCAUAUAAACUCAAGUAAAAUGGUUAUUAUCA